ACAAGCUGCAAGAGCAAGAGACGACGAGCAGUUGCGGAAAAGUACCGGUGGUAGCAAGCGGCCAAGAAACAAGAGACAUACAGUCGUACCGUACGACUGUACAUGUUGUCCAAACCGAUCAGUCAUCACAAGUACCGGUACUGUAGGUAACAGAAGUGGAAGAGAAAACACAGAGGAAAGGAAAAGAACAGCAGGCUUGCUGUGUGCUUGUGGAAUCAAUCCGCAAUGCCCGAAGCAGACUCCUCGAGACAAAAUAAUAGUAGUGAAGAAAAUUUACAUCAUGAUAGUGCCGACAACGACGACAACAACCUGGAGGAAUUGGCCGAAGAAGACUUUUUGAAACAAAUACGAGCUUGCAUAGAUGCCAGCGAGCCUCUGGAUUUGAUGGGCCGACAAGUCACUCUGACUCGAGGAGCCAUUCGAUUAAAGGGACGGGAUCAGCUGACCAUUCAGGGUGGUCGCAUUGACGGGCGCGUCCAUUCGCUCUUUCAAAUUGACGGAGACAAGCGCAAUCAUCCACGACGAUUGACACUCCACAGCGUAACGCUGCGUCACACCAAGGCACAUGAGGAUCCACGAGAAAUUGGCGCCGCUGUCUUUUGUAUGGGAUCCUGUCAAGUGGUGUUACGGCAGUGUGACAUUUCCUCCCAGGGUGGUUUUGCCGUAUGGGCCAAACACAAAUGUCACGUACUGGUGGACCACUGUCAGAUUCAUCAUGUGGCUCGAACCGCGGUAGCCUGCUUCAACUCGGUCCAUGUGACGGUAAAACACUCGUCACUCGAACAUGUGGGGGUUCAUGGGAUUUGUGGCCGGGGUGUCUCCACCAUGGAGUUGGAACAUGUGGUCAUGAGACAUUGUCGAGUCAGAGCCGUAAUGGUCUAUCAAGGGGCAACCAUCAGCUUGCAAGAUUGCAGUAUUUCUCAUACAGAUGAUCCCACCACGCCCACCAUUCAUGCUCAGGGACCAGUAGAGGAGGAAGAUCAAGAUCAAGAAGAGACAGCCACAAAUCCAUCCGGCAGCAAUGCUGCGUCAAGUAGCCAGUGUGCAAAUGAACGUGCGGUAUUGGUCCCUACACUUCGAAUGGAGAGGUGCAGUGUGACGGAUAGCAAAGGGCCGCCUUUGUUCAUGGAAGGAAAGGUUCACCAAGAGAUUAUCGAAUGUGACAUCCCAACAUGAUUUUCCACUGCCAAACAAUGAAACAAACAACAAUCAAUCACGCGUGAAAAUAUCUGCAGUGAUGAGCUUCAGGAUUUAGUACUUCCAGCCUAGUCAGUGUAGUGCCCACUUGCGUUUUCCUAUUGGUUUUGUCUAUGCAGCCAUGGCGUUGCACGUGGGUUUUGUUAUCCAAUUUGGGCUCUGUGGCACUAUACCACGUUGGAUUUCGUGUAUGAUUACCAACAGUAGUCUACUUCUCCCUGCAACUUUAUCCUCGUUCGUGGAGACAAACCUGUCGGAGGCAUGCCUCUUAUUCCAGCUUCUACAGGAAAUGUAUUCUACUGUUGCUUGCUAUUGUACGUAGACUGGCCAUGAUCCUGUGCAGCUGUAAUAUAUGGGACGGUAUUACGGAGGAGGAAACCUGCCAUUAUUGUUAUCAUAAUUUUGCAGGCUGGCACGCUGGCACUGUAGAUUGCCCUGAUUAGAUUUGGGCAUUUGCGGGACCAAUGCGGAUCUCAUGGGUCAAGCUCAGCUAGGAUCUCGGAAGUAGCUAUUUACAGUUAUACCAAAUGCCAAACAUUCCAAUGUGCCCUCCUCUUGGACUUGGUCAAUUAAUCUUGUCUCUAGCAUUGCAUUCAUCAGC